AUGGUGGUGCCUUCCGACGACCUCUGCUUUUGUUGGUCGUACAAGUGCGGCCCGAAUGGUGCACCGGUCAGCACUCGCACGCGACUGCGCCAUGAAAAGCGCGAUCGAGAAGAGGAAGAGCGCAGACAGCGUCAGCUUGCAGCGUCUGUGCUCCUGCAGACGGCUCCACUUCCAACCGGCCCACUCGAGCCCACAGCAAACGCUUCCAGAACCACUUCCAGCAUAAAUGUCGCAGCGAGACUCUCGAGCAGUCCGGAAUCGACCAGUAUUGAGCUCUCUGGCAACAUCGACCUCUUCUAUUCGGACAGCACAGGAUUUGAAGAUGACUAUGAAGAGCAAGGCUUCGACUUCCCGCCUUCAUCGUCCUCGCCUUCUUCCCCCGAGCUCCUCCCUCUGUCCUCUCCCGAACUCCUCCCUUCAUCGCCAGAGCAUUUACCUUGGUCACCUCCCCCGUCAUCUCUUCUUUUACGGUCGUUGACGCCCCCCGAGUCUCCUGAGGAGAGACAGCUCUCGGAAGCUGUACAAGAACGGUCGCACGAGCGCUUGACGAGCAUUGAAUCACCCGCAGACAUCCUCAUACCCGCCUUCCAGCAGCCUGCGGAGUUGCGACUCGCCUACCUGCAGGUUAUCGCUGCGCAUAUAGUCGGCAACUCGACGGUGGUCGAGGCUACGCAGCAGCUCAAAGACAGGCUUGAUCUACUCGAUGUAUGCGGGAAGCUGCUGGUAUAUCCUCCCCCUCGUCGCUCUAUCACUACAGUGAAGAAGGAUCUUGGGCUUGCUGUCGACGAUUUCGUGCGCCGGAUUCCUGUAUGCCCCUCUUGUUUCCACCAUUUCUCUUAUGACAAUAUCAACGCCCUCCCCUCUCCCUCCUGUCCGACACGAUAUUGCAAGGGUCAAAUAUAUCGGGUCAAGCGCCCACGCCCGGAUGACGACGCACCCAGCGAUUCCGUCAACGAGAAACACAUUCCCGAGAAGAUACUUCUGUACUGCCCUCUCCGCCCAGCACUUCAGCGAUUUCUGCUAUGCCCAUCAUUCAUCAGCAACCUCCGGGACACCUCAUCCGACGAACACCGGCCCCCAGUAAACGAUGAAACCCCCAUGCAUGACAUUUACGACGGUAGCAAGUGGAGCCAGCAGGAAAUUGGCCUUAAUCGCAUCUUUCACGCAGAUGGAUCGCCCGAGGAUGUCGAGGAGCGACCAGGCUCUCGUCGCUCACUGUUCUCAUGUGAUAUUGGGCUGAGCCUGACGAUCAACAUUGAUUGGUUUGGUAUUACAGACUCUCGUCCGUACUCGGUUGGUGCAGUGUAUCUUUCAUUCAACAACCUCCACCGCGCCGUUCGUUUCCUCCCACAUAACGUCCACCUUGCAAUGGCCAUUCCUGGGCCAACAGAACCCAGCCUCGAAGCCCUUAAUCCCUGCUUGGCUCCCCUCAAGGACAAAAUACGCGAGCUAUACAAAGGAGUAUAUAUGCGCGCCCAUGGGUUCCAUCGACCUCAGGAAGUCGCCGUGAACAUACUCUGCGAGUGUGCAGACAUCCCCGCCACUCACUACGUACAAGGCACCACUAGGCAGACGCGUUGA